AAGCUCAGUUCAAUUGCGGCCAGCUUUGUUGGCGGACGUCUCAGGCGGCACUUUUAUACCAAAAAAUUAAAGAAAACAAAACUAAAAACUAAAACUAAGCCGAAAUCUUCUUGCAUUUUUUUUAACUGUGCUAACUGUGCGAACGAGAGGAAAACCCCGAGAAAAGCGACACGAAAAGAGUAAAAACUCUUAAUAAAACGGUGUGUGAAGUAAACAAUUGCAGUGACCGAAAAACCUUUAGCAGAAAAAAAUAAGAGAUAAAAGAAAUACCAGCGAAGAAGAAGAACCAGAAGCAGCAACAACAACACGUUUAGCGGGACAAAGACAAAGAUGCCCGAGUGAUCGAGUUGGAACAGCGAUCGGGAAAAGUGGGAAAAGUGAAAGGAAGCGGAAGCGGAGCAGGAGCAGGAGGAGAGGUCAGAGGUCGGAGAAGCGAGGAUGAGGAUGCACCUGAGUGGUCGCGAGGUGCGGGAGCUGUUGCGCAAGGACCUCCUAGUGCGAUGGCGCCAGAAGGGCCUCAGCCUAAUCCUGCUGGCCUGGCCGGUGGCCAUAUUCAUGCUGCUCUACCUGAUCCGCCUGAAGUACGGAUCCGAGGAGGUCGACGCCUGCCAGUAUCCCACCCGCUUGCUGCCCACCAAAAACCAGGUGGUGCCCGCCGCCUUCUCCUACAUUUGCAGCAUUGAGAACCGCUGCCAGUCGGCGCAUCCCUACGAGGAGUACUCCCAUUGGAAGGAGGCGCCCCUGCACUCCGUGAUCGAUGUGGUGAAUGCCUUCGUGACCGACGAACGACUCCAUAAGGCCGUCGUGGAGCUGGCCGAGAAGGCCAAUUUUGUGUCGGCCAUCACCACGCUGAUCACCAGCGAUCGUCUCGAUAUCAUACGAAGCAACAUAAGUGAAAUAAUCUCUCUGGUGCCCGAAAUCGAACGACGGAUGAACUAUAGCUUCGACAUCAAGCAUUUAUUUUCGAAUCGCGAGACCUUCGUGAAGCUGGGCGUCCUGCUGUGCGGCCAUCCUUUCCCCAACACCGAUACCAUACCGCUGGUCAACGAGAUCCUGGAGUCGGAGGACUUUAGCCAGACGAAUGACGCCGAGCUCGAUGCCAUGCCGAACCGUCGUCGUCGUCGAUCCGAAAAACUCCCCACGGACUGGAGGCCAACCAAAUACUGCAAGCGCCUCUAUCGUGACGUGACCUCCACGAACCAGGGCAAACUCACCUGGAACACCAUCAAGCCGAUCAUCCAGGGUCGGAUUUUGUAUACCCCCGCCAAUGUGAUGACCGACAGCGUGGUGAAGUUUAGUAAUGCCACCUUUGAGGAGCUGGACAGACUGAAGCAACUUUCCCGAGCGGCGGCCACCAUACUCCACAAAUUGCACACGAAUGCCACCUUCCAGGAGGCCUUCGACAAUCUGCUCAAGCUGGCCAAAUCGCCGCUGGUCAAGAGUCUGGUCGGCGAUGACUUCGAUAUUGGGGAAAUCGAGCGGGUAUUCCAGUAUAUUCGCACCAAUCAGCUGAUAUACGACAUCCUAACCACGGUGGCCGAUCUGAUGGACUGCGUGUCGGCGGAUCGUUUCGAGGCGGUGGAAAGUGUGGAGGAGCUGCAGAAGAGGGCCUACGAACUGAAUCAGAACAAACUUUUUCUGGCCGCCCUCAAUCUGGAGGACGUGGGUCUGCGGCAGUCCUCCUAUCGCCUGCACAUGGACACGGAUAAUACGCAGCCCACUUUCGAGAACCGCAAUCGAUUCUGGUUCCCCGGACCCGCCGGCAGCAUGGUCAUCGAUCUCAAGUACCAUCGUGGCUUCGUUCAGCUCAAGCAGAUGGUGGAUCUGGGAAUAAUCAAGAGCAAACGAAAUGAGACGGGUUUCCCCGCCACCGAGGAUCCCCUGGAAGCUGGCCGCUCCCUGAGUGGUCUAUUUAGUAUCAAGCAUACGGAUGACGACGUCUCCGAUGAGGACGACGAUGAUGAUUUAGAUCUUAGUCUAGAGGGAAGCGGUGCAGAAGGGGCCACCGAAAAGGUGUCGAAUCAAGAAUCUUCAACCAAACAGGAGCCUGUUGAGGUCACCACCGAAGAAGAGGUUGGGGUCACCACCGAACAGCCGGCGGUAAGUGGUGAACCCGAUCUUCUGCUGCUCAACAAUGAGGAUGUUCUGAAGCGAUCCAAGCGUCAGGGACUCUUCGAUUUACUCGGAGGAUUGGGAGGAUCUGGAGAUAAGAAAAAAAAUAAAUUCGAGGUGGACGAUAUGCAGUUCUACACCAAACAGUUUCCCUAUCCCGCCUUUCUAAACGAUGUUUUUAAACGUGGCUUGUACUUGGCCCAAGGUGUCCAGGUGGCCUAUCUACUAGGUCUGGUGGUCUUCGUAGCUCUUUGUGUGAGGGAACGGAUUUGGAUGCGGGAGAGCCGAAAUAGCAUGCUGAUGCGAUCGAUGGGCCUGAAGGCACAUUCCGAACUGGUGGCCUGGGCUCUGAUGAGUUUCCUGGAGCUCUGUGCCAUCUUCGUGCUAAUCAGUGGAGUCCUCUACAGUGGCGGCAUUUUGGGCUACACCAACUGGUUCUUCAUGAUGUUCUACUGCCUGAGCUUUGGCAUUUGUCUGAUUUCGUUCUGUUACAUGUGCUCGAACUUCUUCAAUUCGGCGAAUAUCGGAGCCGUGGCCUCGGCCCUUUUGUUUUUCAUCAGCCUGUGUCCCUUCAUUAUUGUCCUGAUGUUUGACGCCAAGUUGAGUGUCUUCGAGAGCUUCCUGGUGGACCUCUCGUUCACCACGGCCUUCGCCAAGGGCUGGGGUGAGCUGAUGCGGAUGGAGCUGCAGCAGGAGGGCCUGACCCUGGGCCACCUCGUCCAGGUGGGUCCGGCGAGGAGCGAGUGCGCCAUGGCGCUUCUCAUGUUCCUGCUCGACUUUCUCCUAUAUGCGGUAAUCGGCCUGGCCUAUCAGCGUUUCAAGAGGAACAACUAUAGCUUUGUCAAGGUCAGCCGGUCGCAGUUGGACGACAAACUGGGUGCCUCGCUGGCGAAUGUGACCAAAUUGUACGGCAGCAAGUGCGCCGUUUCCAACCUGAGCCUGGACUUUGCCCGCAACCAGGUGAGCUGUCUGCUGGGCCGGAAUGGAGCCGGGAAGAGCACGCUGAUCAAGCUGCUGACCGGCCAAAUCCGCCAGACCAGCGGCAAAGUGCUCCUGGCCGGGGAGCACCAGGUGGGCGUCUGUUGGCAGGAUAACAUACUCAUACCCACGCUGACGGCCCGCGAGCACCUGCAUCUGUAUGCCAGGAUCAAGAUGCAGCCGGGUGAGAGCAGCGGCGGUGAGGAGGAGAUCCAAUCGGAGGUGGAACGCACCCUGCAGAGCCUGAACUUUGGCCAGCACGAGUCGUAUCCCUCGUGGCAGCUCUCGGGGGGCUACAGACGACGCCUCUGCGUGGCCAUCGCCUUCAUCGCCUCGCCCAGCGUCGUCAUCCUGGAUGAGCCCUGCAACGGGGUGGAUGCCAAGGCCAGGAAGGACAUCUGGCAGCUGAUCGAGCGACUGCGUCAGGGAAGGGCCGUCAUCUUUGCCACCCACUUCCUGGACGAGGCCAAGUACCUCAGCGAUUCGCUGGUGAUAAUGAGGAAUGGUCGCAUUAUUGCCCAGCACAGCCGGGAUUCCCUGCAGCGUCUGUGCACCUCGAACUAUAGCAUUCGAAUGCGAUGUGCCGACGCGACGGAAGUGACCUACAUUGUCCAGAAGGCCCAGCAGCUGCUGCCCCGGAGUCAGGUGAUCCACUCGGGAGCCUCGGAUCAUCCGCAUAAUUUGACCAUCAGUGCCAGUUAUUCGGAGCACUUGACGCCGGGAGCCGUGGAGUUUUUGGAACUCCUGCAGUCGCAGGAGUCUACUUCCGGCAUCAGCGACGUGGAGCUGACGAGUAGCUCCAGUUUGGAGCAGGAGUUCGAGCAGUUGAACAGGAAUCCCGAGGAGACUGCAACUGCUCCGCGACGAGCUAACGGCGGUGGUGGAGUGGUGGCCGGACCAGCGAUGAUCUCGGAGGAUCCACCGACGCCCUGCCAGCAAUUUGGACUCCUGAUGGGCAAGCGAUUGAGGCAUCUGUCCAGGAAUUACCGACUCCUGCUCUAUGUCCUCCUGCUGCCCGCUUUGUUCGAGCUGUGCGCCAUGUGGUUCGUUAGCUAUCGACUGGAGGACGACUUCGACACGGUGCUGCCCCUGAGUCGUGAGCUGUACCCCAAGUCAGCUCAGUUCUUGUCGCAGCAGCAGGCCACCAGUUUCUCGGAGAAGCUGUAUCCUGGGCUAAGGACCUCCUGUGAUCAACUGGGCGGGGAAUGCAGGGAGUUUACCAACUCCGAAGAGGCCUACGAAUGGGUGCUCAGUUCCUGGGAUGAGUAUCGCGAGCGGCGCUAUGGAGGCUAUGGAUUAAACGCCUCGGGUGCCACCGUUUGGUAUAAUAACAAGGGCUACCACUCGAUGUUGGCCUGGCUGAACGAUCUCAACUCGGAGCUACUGCGAACGACCCUCAACGACUCGGAGUCGAGCAUCCUGACCUUGAACGAACCCUGGAAACUCGGCUAUGCCGAACUGAGCACCAGCUCGAUCCUCCGCCAGGCUGGCGAUGGAUCCAUGGUCUUCAUCCUGCUGAUAGCCUUCGGUUUGGUGGUGGCCGCCGGUUCGGUUUACCUGGUCAACGAGCGGGUCAACGGGGAGAAGCUGCAGCAGCGGCUGUGCGGCGUGAGUGCCGUCACCUACUGGCUGGUGGCCUUCGUCUGGGACUAUCUGGUCAUGGUCCUGGGACUGAUCGUCUGCCUGGCCGUCAUCCUCAUGUUCGGAAUGCCCGUCUUCGUGGACCGCCAGCAGUUGGUGGGCAUCAUUGGACUGUCGCUGGCCUUUAGCUUCGCCUGUGUUCCCGCUGUCCAUGUGGCCGAGAAGAUCUUCAGCGACUCUAGCAUUGCCAUUGUAACGAUCUUCUGCGCCAACCUCAUCAUCCCACUGGUCACCAUGGGCAUAGUGCUCAUCCUGGGCGUGGUGGGCGAUGGUCCGGCGUGGGAUAGUUGGCGCCACGCCCUCAACCAGGCCUUCCUCGUAUUCCCGAUUCACGCUCUGGGCGAUGGCUUCCUGGAGCUGUGCAAGAACUAUAUGGUGGCCCUGGUAUUCCGGCGCUACGACAUCGAUUCGUACAAGCAUCCACUGGCCAGUGACCUGCUCGGGCGCCACUUCACCGCCCUUCUGCUGGUGGGCGUGGCCGGGCUCAUACUCAACGUCCUCAUCGAAUGGCAUCUGCUGCGGAAGGUGUGGCAGCGCGUGGAGCGAAUGCUGGACUGCACCUAUCGCCGCGAGCUGGACAAGAUGGGCCAGCUGAAGCUGGUGAAUAUCCAGAGCAUCUUCAAGAGCUGCGUUGCUGCUGGGGAGGCGGUGCGGGCGGAGAACCUCUGGCUGGCCUACCGCCGCGGUCGCUAUGCGGUGCGCCAGGUGCACUUCGGUGUCCAGCGGGGCGAGUGCUUCGGGCUGCUGGGCAAGAACGGGGCCGGCAAGUCCACCAUCUUCAAGCUGCUCACCGGGCAACUGCAGCCCAACGUGGGACACAUCUACUUCGAGCAGCCCGGUGUGUCGUACUGCCCGCAGAGCAAUCCUCUGGACCCGCUGCUCACCGCGAGCGAGUGCAUCCGGUUCUACGGCCGCCUGCGCGGCAUUCGCGACCUGGAGCAGUUCCUCGAUCGCGUGCUGGACACCUACGAGCUGCGUCCCUACAAGGACAUCCAGGUGCGGAAUCUGAGUGGCGGCAACAGGCGCAAGCUAACGGUGGCCGUCACCUGUUGCGGCUGCGCGCCCACCGUUCUCAUGGACGAGCCGACCAGCGACAUGGAUCCGGUGACCCGGGAUCUGGUCUACGCGACCAUUGAGCAGCUGCUCCUAGCCCGUCGGGCUGUGGUGCUCACCUCGCACUCGGUGUCGGAGAUCGAGCACCUGUGCCAACGGGUGGCGGUGCUGAGGGCGGGCCAGGUGAUCGCCAGUGACACCCCAGAGCGACUGAAGGCGGAGCACGGUGGCUACUAUGCCGUCACCUGCUUCUGUGGCCCCGCCCAACAGGCCGUCCUCUCGAGAAGUCUGAGCUCCCGCCUGCCAGGUGCGCGGGAUCUGCAGCAUUAUGCGCACAGUUUGAGGUUCCUCGUGAGGAUCCGAUCGCCGGGAAGCCCAAACUCCGAUGCCCCACUCCUCUCCGAGCUCUUUGCCAUCCUGCGAGAUAUUUGCGUGGACGUGGCUCGCUUUUCGCUGAGUCGCUGUCGUUUCGAGACGGUUUUCGAGCGAAUCCUCGACAACUGCGAGUCGGCGAAUGGCACCAAUGGCAUCCACAAGGAUCACCAGCCGCAGCAGGAUGCUAGAAAGGAUCUGCCCAGCAAGUCGGCUGCUGUGGGUGGAUCCCUGGAAACCGGCUAUAUUCACUGUGGCUACGAGGAGACGAGAACCUAAAGGCCGCACUCUCAUUUUAAGACCAAAAAGAACCAAAUUCAAAUCCCCAAUAGUUUUUUUUUGUUAAGUAAUAAUGGCUUUUAUGUGUGACUUUUCAAAAGUUUAAAUUACGUCAAUUAUAAAAUAAAUUUGUGUAUAAAAAUGAUAGCAGAA